GUGCUUCAAUUGGAAUCAAGCAAAGUUGCAUCAGACAAGUUUAGAGACAAAGAGCUAGAGAUAUAUAUAUAUACAGUGCUACAGACUUUCUUACAGAAUGAUUAGCCGUCUAGUUUGCAGACGCGCUCUAUAUAGCGGGGGUGUGGUGGUGGCUGGCGGGAGAGCUGCUUCAAGGCCUGGACAAGGCCGUACACUAUGGAGACUGUUCACCUCUGAGGCUAGAACCACCAUCAAAGCCAUCCCUGUAGAGGCAGUACCUAGAGCAGGCCUGUCAGGUGAUCGUAUUGGUCGUGCUGUUCUUGGUGGAGGGUGUUUGUUUGGUAUUGGUAGUCUGUGUUUCUAUGGUCUGGGUUUAUCCAGUGAAGCUGGAGCCAUUGACAGAGCAGGGUUCUGGCCUGCUGAGGUACGACAGAGGGUUAACAAGACGUAUGCAUUCUUUGCGGGGGGUCUAGGAGUGACCUCCCUGGCUGCGUACGCUGCUACUAAGUCUAGUGGUCUAAUGAAGUUCAUGGCAGGGAGACCUAUUGUGUCACUGGUUAUGUUCUUUGUGGGGACCAUUGGCUCAUCCAUGAUAUGCUACUCUACUCCAUACACUCCUGAAACACUGCCUCUCAAGAUCGGAGCCUUUAGUGUGUUUGCAUCAGUCAUGGGUGUGACUAUGGCUCCACUCAUCAUGAUGGCAGGACCUCUGGUGGUUCGUGCUGCUCUCUACACAGCAGGUGUGGUGGGUGGUCUCACUCUAACAGCAGCCUGUGCUCCCAGUGAACGCUAUCUCACCAUGAGUGGCCCCCUCUCUCUGGGACUAGGAGUUGUCCUUGUAGCCUCUAUUGGAGGGAUGUUUGCCAGUCCUGGAGGUGCCUUGUUCUCUGGGCUGCAUGCUGUGUACAUGUACGGAGGACUAGUAUUGUUUGGAGGCUUCUUACUGUAUGAUACACAGAAGAUCAUUGCUCAUGCAGAGAGAGACAACCACUAUGACCCAGUCAACAUGUCUAUGGGUAUCUAUCUGGACACAGUGAACAUCUUCAUCAGGAUCCUAUCAUUGCUAGCCGGCUCUGGGAACAAGAGAAAGUGACUGCACACAUAAACCAAUCCACAAACUGUUUAUAUUCAUUGAACUUCUACAAAAAAAUUGUUUGUUAAUGUGAAAAAACGUAGCCCCCCAGUCUAGAAUUGAACUGUCACACCAUUGGAUCCUGGUAAUGGUCGUUACAGUGUUCUCUAAA